CCACGUCUUUCCUCAGCCGCCAUCAAAGUUCGACGUGUUGCCGGUAGUGUGGCUUGCAUUAUUGACACGCCAGCAUCAUGAACAUCUUCAGACUGUGUGGAGAUCUCUCUCAUCUCCUGGCCAUUAUUCUGCUGCUGAUAAAGAUAUGGAAAUCCCGAUCAUGUGCAGGUUUAUCAGGAAAGAGCCAGAUCCUGUUUGCACUAGUUUUCAUCACCAGGUACUUGGACCUGUUCACCACUUUUAUAUCUAUCUACAACACUACCAUGAAAGUUUUCUUCAUUGGAUCAUCCCUUGUCACCAUCUAUCUCCUCUUCUUCAAAUUCAAGGCAACAUAUGACAGCAACCACGACUCAUUUAGAGUGGAGUUUCUGGUUGUCCCUGUGGGUGGAUUGGCUUUCCUUGUUAACCAUGAGUUCAGUCCCCUUGAGAUUUUGUGGACAUUCUCUAUCUACUUGGAGUCAGUGGCCAUUCUGCCCCAGUUGUUUAUGAUCAGCAAAACUGGGGAAGCUGAGAGUAUAACAAGUCACUACCUGUUCUGCCUGGGCUCUUACAGAGCUCUCUAUAUCCUUAACUGGAUCUACAGGUUUUACUUUGAGGGAUUCUUUGAUCUGAUUGCUGUUGUAGCUGGCUGUGUACAAACCAUACUCUACUGUGACUUUUUCUACUUGUACAUUACGAAAGUUUUGAAAGGCAAGAAGCUUAGUUUACCUGCCUAAGCAUAGGUUGAUGAAGAACUAUUAACCCUGUGGCAGAUCAGCUAGCUGUAGGGUGUGAAGAAGGGUAUGUGUGCCAGCUGAUGGGGGCAAAGGGUGGCACAAACGAGAGGAAUCGACCAGGAAUUCAUAGAUUACUGGACAAGAGAAGAUCAACAAACCGCUGUUACAUACUAUAUGUAUAGUGUCUGUACAUAACACAGUCGUGUGUUAUUCCACUCAGUCAGAUCCGCCACGAGGCAUGAGCAUAUAACACAAAACAACUGUUAAGUUUAUGAAGAUCAUACUAUCAUAUGUAUAGCCAUAUAUCAGCUGGAUAUUUAUUCAUUAUAUAAAAAUAAAUACAUUUUAUUACAUGUGUAAUUCAAAUUAAAACAAUGCUUAAUUUCUGUUUGUCUUUGUAUCAUACACCUGAAACCAAAAUGCCGGAAAAUGGAAAAUAUGGAUUGAUGAUGGUCUUUUUAAAUGGGCUUCACAUUUGUACAUAUGUGGUAAAACUACACGUUAAUUUUUGUUUUUUUUUCUUGUUGAAGCAGGUCAUUUGUUGUGACUAAUCUCCAAUAGUAUUUUAGGCUUUUUAGUAUGCUAUGAGUUAGAAAUGUUUAGAUACAUGUACAAAAACUGUGAACUGAUGUUUGUGUAUAGAGUAUUAUGUAUGUAUGCUUUGUACAGACAGCAAUCUGUGUGCACAGGACUUCAAACCUCCAACAACAUGAUAAAUGUGACUUUCACUGUUUUCAGAUAUUUUAGAAACUUUGUGAACAAUUCAAGCUACAAGCACAAGUGCACAGACUUGGCUUGUAAUUAGGUCCAUAUUUUGCACCAGACAUUUGCUUAAUUCCCAUCACCCAGCACAGUAUCAUCUUGAUACCUGAUAGGUAUGGAGAUUCCUUAUGUCUGAUUUACCUAAGUAAGCCUGAUCAAUUAAAUGGCUUACUACUGAACAGCUUUCACCUGUCCACCUACCCCAUAUUUGUAUGGACUGUUCCAUUAGUAGUGGUUAUCUGCCCUUGAUUGGUUCCGGUGACAGGACUACAUGAGCUUUCACUGAACAAGUGCCUGAACAUACCAGUGAAAAGGGAAUGGUCAUAAAGGUUUCAGAUUGCAUUUUUAAGUUUUGACCUAGAUGAUCCUCAGUCUCACUCACAGCAGUGCCUCUGCCAGCAUACAUGUAUCGUCUGUGUAAGUACAUGCACUAACCAUGCCAUGCUUCUCAGUGUUGUUGAUUGACUGAAUUGGAUGUAAGAUAUUGGCUGUAAAGGAGGACUGUAGUGAAAAGGGAUGUCUCAUUUGUCUCUUGGAUCAUUUUGAAGUCUAUCAUUUAAUGGCAUAGUGUCAGAUACCUUUUAACUCAAAAAGUCUGGACCAGUUAGGUUUAAGUGUGGUGCAGGUUGAUCCACUAUGGAACUGUGAAUGGUUUUGAUUCUGUGUUGGACAUGCCCCAUCCAGUUGUUCUUGUAUGUGGUUCUGGCAUUUAGACAAGGUAUGAAUGUGGGUGUACUGGGGGCAAGGUAAAGAGACUGAAAGAUUUGAAUGUCAUCUUAACCGAUACUACAAAAUAGUAUGUGAUGUGAAUUACUUGUAGACGUUCUAGGUUUUUAGAGUGAACAUUGGCGUCAUUUAUGAUCAUAAUUGUUUUAUUUUUAUGAAAGUAUUGACUGUCCAUUACUAACUGUUAAACUGCUUCAUUUGGUGUACUUAAUACAUAUAUACAACAUGUAGGUGUAUAAUCAUGCUCUUGGCAGAAUCAGGUCGUGACACCAGAAUUUCUGUCAGCUAUAUAGAAGUAGUUCUUGUACUUUAUACUUAUUUUCUCUCCUCUCUCCUGACUAAUAUGUAUUUUGUGUCUCAUUGGACACAAGGCUAUUUUCAAGAAUACAUAAGUAUUUUUGACAAUUGGUUAGAAAAUGACUUUCUCAAGGUUAGCAUUUGUUUGGGUACACAAUAACAAAUUGCAUGCUUUCUUCUCAAGAACAGAGAUUCUGUAUUUUGUUUUGUUCAUACCUAUUGCUUUAGUUUAUACAUGUUUGCCUUAAUUCUGGCUUCAUGUGUUCUGAUCAGUUUUGAUCGGAGUAAUUUACCCUGUAUUAUAGUUUGGGGAAUGAUCAUUGAAUAAGCAAAGGAUUAGUUACAACAAAAAUCCAGGGAAAAAGCUGGGUAUUUUAUGCAGCCAUAAGACCUGCAACCAUCAAGCCCACACUUCUUGAAAGGGUAGCCACAGUGAAUGACUAGCAGUAGUCAGAAAAAAAAAACCUAGUGUAUCAUUUGUUGACCAGAAACGUAUUUUUAUACAGAUUCUAACAAGCCUACAUUCAUAUUAGCUUUACCCUUUAUCAGUCUACAGUACAAAAUUCUUUUCACAUUUCAAAGCAGUAGCUGCAGAGGCAUGUGUAUAAAACUAUAUUUGUAACUUAGGCAACUAAGUGAAAUGUUGUUGGCUCUUUUUUCCCAUUUUGUUUGGUUAAGCCACUCAGAAUGUACAAACAAAAAAAACUGAAAUAAAGAUAACUGACUUCUCCAUGUCUGGUUUACUGGGAGAGAA